GAUCAGAUUAAAAAAAAAAAAAAAAAAUCAGAAAUUCCACCGCAGACCCAGACGCUGGACACCAUCGAAUAUCUUCCCCAGAUUCCAUCUUCUCAAAUCUCAGAAGGCGCUCCAGUUAUCACGAUUUUGAAGGGGAUUUAAGUUAGCAACAUUGUGUUGGGCAUUGUUGAAAUUGAGGUUUCAAUAUUUUUCCUUCAGAGUUGAGCCAGUUGGUAAUAGCUAAUAAAGGAGGUGGGUUUAAUGUUAGAGAGAAGGUGAAGGGGGUGAAGAUUUGAUUAGGGGUCCUUAAUUAUGAUGUAUGCGUCUGGGGCUGCAACCACUAAUCGAGGUGGAUUACCAACAGAUAGUGGGUAUUCUGCUGUGACUCUUGAUCAAGUGCCACGUUGGAGUGAUUCGGAGUUUAGAUACUCGUACGAGAAUGAUGAUUCGGCUUUCCAGAAUCCGUAUUUUCCGGACCCUUUAACACCUGCAUCUGAUGGAGAGAAUAGUGGAAAUGGGAUGGUGUCUCGGUUUCCCAUUGAUCACGAAAUUAACUCGAAGAUAUAUCUUUGGAGGGGAGACCCGUGGAAUCUUGAGGUGGAUGCUGUAGUAAAUUCAACAAACGAGAACUUAGAUGAAGCACACAGUAGCCCUGGUUUGCAUGCUGCCGCAGGCCCUGGUCUUGCAGAAGAAUGUUCUACAUUGGGUGGCUGCCGAACAGGGAUGGCAAAAGUUACCAAGGGUUAUGACCUUCCAGCAAGGAGGGUUGUUCAUACUGUUGGUCCUAAGUAUGCUGUAAAAUAUCAUACGGCUGCAGAGAAUGCUCUUAGUCAUUGCUACAGAUCUUGCCUUGAACUUCUCAUUGAAAAUGGAUUGCAGAGCAUUGCCAUGGGUUGUAUAUAUACAGAAGCCAAAAAUUAUCCACGAGAACCAGCUGCGCACGUGGCAAUAAGAACUGUGAGACGAUUUCUUGAGAAACAGAAGGAUAAAAUACAUGCAGUCGUAUUUUGCACUACAACAACAACGGAUACAGAGAUAUAUAAAAGAUUGCUUCCGCUUUACUUUCCACGGGAUAAACUUGAGGAGGAGGUAGCUAUUUCAAAACUUCCGGCUGAUGUUGGAGAUGAAAAUGGCGAGACAGUCAUAGAUGAACGUAAAAUCAGAAUAAAGCCUUUACCCAAUUUGAAGAAGAAUAUUCCUAGAGCUCCCCAAACCUCUACUGAUCUUUCAGUGAGCGACGUUGCAUCGGCAAGACGGAACUCGUCAUACUUGGAUUCAUAUCUAGAUCCUGCUUUUAUGUCCUUGAUCAAAGAUCCAGAUGAGAGACGUAGAGAACAAUGGGAGAAAACUGCUCAGGCACGAAAUGGUUGGAAUGUUGCUAAAAUGUUUGGAUAUGGUGACCUUGGCAGUCCUCCUUUAUCCGCUGCUGAAGAAUAUUCCAUCCAUUCUAGAUAUCUUGCUAAAGCAAAUUCACUUAAUCUUUCCGACAUCGCUGAAAUGAAAAUUGUCUACCGAGGUGGGGUGGACAGUGAAGGUCGUCCAGUAAUGGUGGUGGUUGGAGCACAUUUUCUCCUCAGAUGUCUUGACCUAGAGCGGUUUGUGCUAUACGUUGUGAAGGAGUUUGAGCCCUUGAUACAGAAGCCUUACUCAAUAGUUUAUCUCCAUUCGGCAGCAUCAUUGCAGAUACAACCAGAUAUGGGGUGGAUGAAAAGAGUCGAACAAAUACUUGGUCGGAAACACCAGCGUAAUCUUCAUGCAAUAUAUGUUCUCCAUCCAACGUUUGGUCUGAAAGCUGCAAUAUUUGCAAUGCAGUUAUUUAUAGAUAAUGUGGUUUGGAAGAAGGUUGUCUAUGUCGAUCGCCUUCUGCAGCUAUUCAAAUAUGUCCCUCGUGAACAACUGACUAUUCCGGAUUUCGUGUUUCAGCAUGAUUUAGAGGUGAACGGAGGGAAGGGCGUUAUUGUUGAUCCAAGAACAAAAUAUGUCUAUCAGCGGCUGUAGAUAUAUAUUGUAUAAAAGCAUAUCCAAUUCUAUUUUCAUCUAAAGUCCCUUUCCUA